AUGGCCUCUCCUUCGCAUGACGAAGGCGAGGCCUUUGCCACCGCACACAGCGGUGCGCUCACCUUUGACGUCUCCGUGUUCCGGACCUACCUGGCCUCCCUCCUCCCACCAGUAAUGGCUGCUACGCGUCAGGAGCUCGAGCACGGGCUCUUUGACGACCCCAACUUUGACGAAAAGGCCCAGCGCUUUGCGUUCGACGCCGGCUGUCAGGUCGUCUAUGUCACCAAGGAGCGUUACCUGGACGUCGAUGAAGAAGACCAACCCAUUUCUCGUAUCGCGUACCAGCUCCAUCUCCCCCCUACACCUCCUCACAGUGCGAAUGUUCUCUCGACACUCGCUCUCAUCAAGACGUCCCCGACGCUCGACUCGAUGUUGCCCCUUGGCGCCCAGCUGCACUUUAUGCAGCUCUCAUCAUCCGCUGCGCCCUUGCUUGUCGCCGACAGCGGCUUGGCCUCUGGCCCGCCUACCGUCAUCUCUACCCCGACCUCCUCGCAGGCGACGCCGUAUGACGGCCUCCACUCACUUGUCCACUGGGGUGUUGCUCCGUGGUUCGACUCGUAUGUCGCGUCCAAGGGAAACCUCACGGACGGAACGACGGCUCCCAAGGGAAAGAAGGGACAGGACGCCCAGAUGGGUGUUCCCGUCACCAAGAAGAAGUUCGCCGAGCUCGAGCUUUCGCUUCUCCAUCUCAAGCAGAACGUGGAGAUUCCAGAGGUCCACCUGUCCGUGCACCCUGCCAUUCGCAAGGCUGUCGCUCAGUGCCAGGCCAAUGGUCAGCGUCUCUCUGUCGAUGCCGUCGAGCCCGCCUCGCUUCUCGCCGACCCAGCGUUCCUCAACAAGCUCCAGGCAGACGUCAACUCUUGGAUCAAGGAGAUUCAGACCGUCACCAAGCUGUCGCGUGAUGUCUCGUCGGGCACCGCGUCCCAGGAGAUCAACUUCUGGCUCAGCAUGGAGCACGCUCUGGAGGGAAUCGAGGCUCAGCUCAAGGGUGAUGAGGUCACGCUCGCCCUCGACGUUCUCAAGCACGCCAAGCGUUUCCACGCCACCGUCAGCUUCAUCGCUGAUACCGGUAUCAAGGAGGCUGCCGACCUUGUCCACAAGCACAACAUUCUCAUGAAGGACUUUCCCCUUGACGAGCUCCUUGCCGCUACCGACCUUGAGAAGAUUCAGGAAGCAGUCUACCUUAUCUUUGCCCACAUCAACAAAAAGCUCAAGCUGUCUCCCUACCCCAUCCGUGGCAUCCUGCCCCUCGUCGAGGCUAUCUCGUCCGACUUCAAUGACCAGCUCCUCCGCGUCCUCGGCGCUCAGCGUCUCAUGUACAUGGACUACGGCAAGUUUGAGGACGUCAUGAGCGUCACCGCCGAGGUCUUUUCGGCUUGGGACGAGAACAUCAAGGACUUCACCAACGUAGCCCGCGAGGUGAUGCGCAAGCGCCAAGAAAAGUUCAUUUCCAUCAAGAUCAACCCAGCACACGCCAAGCUGCACGAGCGUAUCACCUACCUCCGUGCAUUCCGCCGCUCGCACGACCAGCUCCGCGUCAUGACUAGCUCGACCCGCAACUUUAGCGGUCUUGGCAACGACAUUCCCUUCGACAUUGACAUGGAGGAGGAGGUCCGCAUCGCCUUCGACAGCGUCAAGAACGUCGACGUCCUUGACGUCACCCCCGAGGGUUCGGAGAUCUGGUACACUGCCGAGGUUGCGUACAACGACCGCGUGGCGCGUAUUGAGAACCAGAUCAUCUCGCGCCUCCGCGACAAGCUCGCGACCACCAAGACGGCCCAGGAAAUGUUCCGCGUCUUCUCCAAGUUUAACACGCUCUUCGUCCGCCCAAAGAUCCGCGGUGCCAUCCAAGAGUACCAGACGCGUUUGAUUGAUUCAGUCAAGGAUGACAUUCGCGAGCUGCGUCAAAAGUUCACCGCCAACUACCGCCACUCACAGGCGUAUCACAUGUCGCAGCUCCGUGACCUCCCCUCUGUCUCAAGUGCCAUCAUUUGGGCGCGUCAGAUCGAGCGCCAGCUCCUCACCUACAUGAAACGCGUAGAGGACGUUCUCGGCCGCGGCUGGGAGAGCUAUGCUGAGGGCCAGAAGCUCCAGGUAGAGUCUGCGUCGUUCCGUGCCAAGCUCGACACCAAGCCCCUGUACGACGCCUGGAUUGCCGAGAUUACGCGCCGCGGCAACUUGACCGUCAAUGGCCGUCUGUUUGACAUUAUCCGCUCUCGCGCGACGGCUACCAGUGCCCAGGGCCAGCUGCAGCUCAUCGUGCAGUUUGACCCUCAGGUCGUGGCUCUCUUCAAGGAAGUCCGCGCUCUCAUCUGGCUCGGCUUCCCAGUGCCGCUCACCAUCACCCACCGCGCCAAGGAUGCCAAACGUGUUUACCCGCACGCUGUAUCUCUCAUGGAGUCUGUCCGGAUGUACACCCAGACGCUGGACCUCAUCGACCAGAACCCCGACAUUGCCAUCCUCCUCGCCAGCUACCGCAACCAUGCGCAGCAGAUGAUCGGCCGCGGUAUCAACAUGCAGUGGGACCACCUUGUCAACGCGUAUGAUACCCACCGCUUCCUCCCCGGAUCGGACAGCCGCGAGAGUCGUCACUUCGUUUACGUUCGCGAGUUUGCUAGCGUUGUCUCCCUCUUGCAGGACAAGUCCGCCGCGCUUAUCGACAUUUCCAAGGACAUCUCGCGCAUCGUCGAAGAGCUGGGCACCUGUGACUACCGCGCCGAGGCGUUCUCUGCGCUUCUUGGCCAAGUCCAGAAGACGCUCAACCUUGAGGGCUACAGCAACCUCGACGCCUGGGUGUCCAAGUUGAACGAGCGUAUCGACGUGGUCCUUAGCCGUCGUCUUGAGCAGGCUAUUGGCACGUGGUGCGAAGAGUUUAGCAAGGCCGACGAGGCGCAGGACGGUGACCAAGAGACUACUUCUGCUGAAGAGGCCUCCAAGUCAUCUGAACUCGCCAUCAAGCCUCUCGUCUACGAGGUGCGCAUCCGUAAUCAGGUCAUCUAUCUGGACCCGCCUAUCGAGCUUGCUCGCCAGGAGUGGCUCUCGCAAUUCCAGUCCGCUUUGGGUGUCGUGUGCAACCUCAACUGCAUCCGUAGCUCGCGUUACGAGAUCAGCCUGCAGGUCGACGAGGCUACUGCUGAGGAGACGACGUACAUGAGUCUCCUCACUUCGCGCACAGAGCUUCCCCUCGACAAGCCGCUCUCGCUCAUUGAGCGCAAGGUUCAGACCGUCAGCGCCUAUGUCGACAAGUGGCUCCAGUUCCAGUCGCUCUGGGACCUCGAGGCCGAGUACGUCUACGGCCGUCUUGGUGACUCGCUCGCCGAUUGGGACCAACUCCUCUCGGAUAUUCGCCAAGCCCGCUCGACGUUUGACACCACCGACACGCGCAAGGACUUUGGCGUGUGUAUCAUCGACUACGCCAACGCACAGUCCAAGGUCAACGCCAAGUACGACUCGUGGCAGCGCGAUCUGCUUGCCAAGUACGGCGCCAAGCUGGGUAUGACCAUGAAGGAGGUGUACGCCGCCAUUCUCAAGGCCCGCACCGACCUCGAGUCGCACGCCAUCGAGGGCAGUUCUACCGCCCAGGUCGUCUCUUUCAUCACCUUUGUCCAGGACCUCAAGCGCAAGGUCGAGACCUGGGGUCCCGAGAUUGAGCAGUUUUCCGCUGGUCAAAAAACCCUCGAACGCCAGCGCUACACUUUCCCCUCGGACUGGCUGUAUGUCGACCAGAUCCAGGGCGAAUGGAGUGCCUUCUCUGAACUCCUUAAGCGCAAGGACGACUCGAUCAAGGAGCAGGUCGCUGGCCUGCAGCUGAAGAUUGUCGCCGAGGACAAGGUCGUCGACGGCCGCAUCCGCGACUUUGUUGCCGAGUGGGAAGCCAACAAGCCCCUCCAGGGUAACAUCAAGGCCGACAUGGCGAUCAACACGCUCAAUGCGUUCGAGGCCCGUCUCACCCAGCUCCACGACGAUUAUGGUCUCAUUUGCCGUGCCAAGGAGGCCCUCGAUCUCGAGCAGUCCAAGGACGAGCGUCUCCAGCCCGUCACUGAGGAACUCCGUGACCUCAAGACUGUCUGGACUGCCCUCACAGGUAUCUGGGGCCGUCUCAACCAGCUCCGUGAGAUGCUGUGGUCGGCCGUCCAGCCCCGCAAGCUGCGCCAGGAACUCGACAGCAUUCUCGCCUCGACUCGCGACCUGCCCAGUCGUAUGCGCCAGUACGCCGCAUUUGAGUUUGUACAGGAAACCGUCCGCUCGCUCCUCAAGUCGAACAUUCUCAUCAGCGAGCUCAAGUCGGAGGCGCUCCGUGAGCGCCACUGGUCCAAGCUCUAUAAGGGUCUCCGCCUGCCUGCCGGCCACAAUCCCCUGUCGAUGACUCUUGGCCAGGUCUACGACCUCGACCUCCAAAAGAACCAGGUUGUCAUCAAGGACAUUGUCACCCAGGCCCAGGGUGAGAUGGCUCUGGAGGAAUUCCUCAGGCAGGUCCGCGAAACUUGGACUUCCUACACGCUUGACUUGGUAAACUACCAGAACAAGUGCCGCCUGAUCAAGGGCUGGGACGAGCUGUUCAACAAGUGCGGCGAGCAUCUCAACUCGCUGCAGGCCAUGAAGCUCUCGCCUUACUACCGCGUCUUUGAGGAGGAGGCUGCGUCGUGGGAGGAGAAGCUCAACCGUGUGCAUGUGCUGUUCGAUGUCUGGAUCGACGUCCAGCGUCAGUGGGUAUACCUGGAGGGCAUCUUCUCGGGAUCGGCCGACAUCAAGCACCUUCUCCCAGUCGAAAGCUCGCGUUUCCAGAACAUCAACUCGGAGUUCCUCUCGGUCAUGAAGAAGGUGUACAAGUCGCCGUUCGUUCUCGACGUGCUCAACAUCCCGGGCAUUCAGAAGAACCUGGAGCGACUCGCCGACCUUCUCACCAAAAUCCAAAAGGCUCUCGGCGAGUACCUCGAAAAGGAGCGUUCGUCGUUCCCUCGCUUCUACUUUGUCGGUGACGAGGACCUGCUCGAAAUUAUCGGUAACAGCAAGGACAUUCACCGUGUCAUGAAGCACCUCAAAAAGAUGUUUGCCGGUAUCUCGAUUCUCCACCUCGACGAGGAGGCUACCCAGAUCCUGGCCUUUGCCUCGCGCGAGGGUGAAGAGGUUGCUUUCCGCCAGCCCAUCAUGCUCAAGGACUACCCCAAGAUCAACGACUGGCUCGCCAAGAUUGAGUCUGAGAUGCGCCUCUCGCUCGCCGCUCUACUGUUCUCGGCGGUCAAGGACCUGAAAGAGAUCUUCCGUGUGGACGCCGAACUCGUUCCCGAGGGACUUCUUCAAUGGAUCGGUGCCUUCCCUGCCCAGCUGGUAGUCUUGGCCGUCCAGAUUGCUUGGACCGAACUCGUCGAGAUGAGCAUGACCAACAAGAACCUCAAGAGUGCCCUGGAGCUCGUGUCGCGCAUGCUGGACCUCCUCGCCGACACUGUCCUGCAGGACAUUCCCGUCCUUCAGCGCCGCAAGUGCGAGCACCUCAUUACCGAGCUCGUUCACCAGCGUGACGCUAUUCGUGCGCUCAUUGCCUCGGGUACCAACACUGUUGACAGCUUCGACUGGCUGUACUACAUGCGUUUCUACCUGAACGAAUCCGUGGACGACCCGCUUGCUCGCCUCGAGGUCCGCAUGGCCGACGCCGUCUUCCCUUACGGCUACGAGUACCUCGGUAUCCCCGACCGCCUCGUCCAGACCCCGCUCACCGACCGCUGCUACCUCACUCUCACUCAGGCUCUCGACAACCAGCUCGGUGGCUCACCCUUCGGUCCUGCCGGUACCGGUAAGACCGAGUCGGUCAAGUCUCUUGGUGUGCAGCUUGGUCGCUUCGUCCUCGUUUUCUGCUGUGACGAGACAUUCGACUUCCAGGCCAUGGGCCGUAUCUUUAUUGGUCUCUGCCAAGUCGGCGCCUGGGGCUGCUUUGACGAGUUCAACCGUCUCGAGGAGCGUAUCCUGUCGGCUGUCUCGCAGCAGGUCCAGAGCAUCCAGCAGGGUCUCGCCUUGGCCGUCACCGACCCGGACGUCCAGGUCGAGCUUGUGGGCAAGAAGCUCAAGAUCAACUCGCGUACCGGUAUCUUCAUCACCAUGAACCCCGGCUAUGCUGGUCGUUCCAACCUCCCUGACAACCUCAAGAAGCUCUUCCGUAGCAUGGCCAUGACGCGUCCCGACCAGGAGCUCAUUGCCCAGGUGCUCCUCUUCUCCAAGGGCUUCCGCACGGCCGAAGUCCUUGCGUCCAAGAUUGUCCCCUUCUUCAACCUCUGCUCGGAGCAGCUCUCUGCCCAGCCGCACUACGACUUUGGCCUGCGUGCCCUCAAAUCGGUGCUUGCAAGCGCCGGUAUCCUCAAGCGCGACCGUCACCUCAGCACUGCUGCCGAUGACGACACCCCUGACGACAUUACCGAGCAGCAGAUCAUGAUCCAGAGUGUCAUGGAGACAAUUGUGCCCAAGCUUGUGGCCGACGAUGUCCCUCUCCUUCGCGCCCUCGUCGAGGACGUCUUCCCUGGCGUCGCCUACGUCCCUGUCGACCUGAACAUUCUCAAGGCCAAGAUUUCCGAGGUCUGUGCCGAGCGCCGCCUCGUUGUUGGUGAUGCCUGGCUCGACAAGGUCAUCCAGCUGUACCAGAUUCAAAACAUCAGCCAUGGUCUCAUGAUGGUUGGUCCUUCUGGUUCCGGAAAGUCGCAGGCCUGGCAGGUUCUGCUUGCCGCUCUCGAGCGCGUCGAUGGUGUCGAGGGUGCCUCGUAUGUCAUCGACCCCAAGGCCAUUGACAAGGAGGCCCUCUACGGUACCCUUGACCCGACAACGCGCGAGUGGAACGACGGUCUGUUCACCCACAUUCUGCGCAAGAUUGUGGACAAUGUCCGCGGAGAGACUGCCAAGCGCCACUGGAUCAUCUUUGACGGCGAUGUCGACCCCGAAUGGGUUGAGAACCUCAACUCGGUCCUUGACGACAACAAGCUCCUCACGCUGCCCAACGGUGAACGUCUCAACCUCCCGCCCAACGUUCGCGUCAUGUUCGAGGUUGAGCACCUCCGCUACGCCACUCUUGCCACUGUCUCUCGUUGCGGUAUGAUCUGGUUCAGCGAGGAGGUUAUCGAUGUCGACAUGCUCUGCCGCCACCACCUGAACCUUCUCGCCACUGAGCCCAUUAGCGCCAGUGACGAGGACGUUCUUGAGUACGGCGCCGACGCUGCGGCACAGCAGAUGGAGACCCAGCGCGCUGUCGUGUCCAUUCUCGAGCCCUUCUUUGCCUCUGAUGGUCUUAUCCACGGUGCCCUCGAGUUCGCGGCCAAGUCGGAGCACAUCAUGGACUUCACUGCGGUCCGUGCUAUCAACACGCUCUUCUCGCUCCUCAAGGCCACCAGCCGCAACAUUAUCGAGUACAAUGUCCGUCACAGCGACUUCCCUCUCCCGGCCGAUAAGGUCGACGCCUACGUCAAGCGCCGUCUGUUGCUCAACGUCAUUUGGUCGUUUGUCGGCGACAGCCGUCUCGAGCUUCGUGCCGAGCUUGGCGAGCAGCUUCGCCUCACCUCUGGUAUCGAGACUCCCACCAUGGUGCCCGGCACCUCCCUCAUCGACUAUGAUGUCAACGUUGCCACUGCCGAGUGGAUCUCGUGGCAGUCGCGUGUUCCCACCAUCGAAGUUGAGACACACGCUAUCACCUCGGCCGACGUGGUCAUCCCCACCGUCGACACUGUUCGCCACGAGGAGGUGCUCUACAGCUGGCUGGCCGAACACAAGCCGCUCAUCCUCUGUGGUCCUCCUGGUUCGGGUAAGACCAUGACGCUCUUCAGCGCCCUCCGCAAGCUGAGCAACCUCGAGGUUGUCGGUCUCAACUUUUCAAGCGCCACCACUCCCGAGCUCAUUCUCAAGACGUUUGAGCAGUACUGCGAGUACCGCAAGACCCCCAACGGCGUUGUUCUCGCCCCCACCCAGAUCGGCCGCUGGCUUGUUGUCUUCUGCGACGAAAUCAACCUGCCCGCGACGGACAAGUACGGUACUCAGCGCGUCAUUUCGUUCAUUCGACAGCUCAUGGAGCGCAACGGCUUCUGGCGUUCGUCUGACCUUUCGUGGGUCACCCUCGAGCGUAUCCAGUUUGUCGGCGCGUGCAACCCGCCCACCGACCCUGGCCGUGUCCCUCUCUCUCACCGUUUCAUGCGCCACGCUCCCGUCGUCAUGGUUGACUACCCCGGCGAGAUUUCGCUCAAGCAGAUCUACGGCACCUUUAACCGUGCGCUCCUCAAGGUCGUGCCCAACCUGCGUGGUCACUCGGACUCGCUUACCGACGCCAUGGUCGCAUUCUACAUGGCCUCGCAGAAGCGGUUCACUGCCGACGUCCAGGCGCACUACAUCUACUCGCCUCGUGAGCUCACCCGCUGGGCUCGUGGUAUCUAUGAGGCCAUCAAGCCACUCGAGACCCUCUCGCUUGAGGGACUUGUGCGCGUUUGGGCACACGAAGGUCUUCGUCUCUUCCAGGACCGUCUCGUCGCUGAGAACGAGAAGAAGUGGACUGACGAGGUGCUCGACGAGACUGCCAUCCGCCACUUCCCCAGCGCCAACGUCUCCGAGGCGCUCGUUCGCCCCAUUCUCUACUCCAACUGGACCUCCAAGAACUACAUUCCUGUCGAUCGUGAGCAGUUGCGUGAAUACACCAAGGCACGCCUCAAGGUCUUCCACGAGGAGGAGCUGGAUGUUCCCCUCGUCCUGUUCAACGAUGUGCUCGACCACGUCCUGCGUAUCGACCGUGUGUUCCGCCAGAUCCAGGGCCACUUGCUCCUUAUCGGUGUCUCUGGUGGUGGUAAGACGACGCUGUCGCGCUUCGUGGCUUGGAUGAACGGCCUGAGCAUCUUCCAGAUCAAGGUCUCAAACAAGUACACUGGUGCCGACUUUGACGACGACCUGCGCACUGUCCUCCGCCGCGCUGGUUGCAAGGGCGAGAAGAUUUGUUUCAUCAUGGACGAGUCGAACGUUCUUGACGCCGGUUUCCUUGAACGCAUGAACACGCUCCUUGCCAACGCCGAGGUUCCUGGUCUCUUUGAAGGCGACGAGCACGCCGCGCUCAUGACCGCGUGUAAGGAGGGCUCGCAGCGUGACGGUCUCAUGCUCGACUCUCACGAGGAGCUGUACCGCUGGUUCACUCAGCAGGUCGCUCGCAACCUCCACGUCGUGUUCACGAUGAACCCUCCCGCCAACGGUCUUGCAACCCGUGCAGCCACCUCGCCUGCCCUGUUCAACCGUUGUGUUCUUGACUGGUUUGGUGACUGGUCCGACCAAGCGCUCUACCAGGUCGGCUACGAGUUCACGUCGACCCUCGAUCUCGACUCGUCGACGGCCUACCAUGCUCCCCAGCAGUUCCCUGUCGCCUACCGCGACCUUACGAUCCCUCCCAACCAUCGCCAGGCUGUCAUCAACGCCAUGGUCUACGUCCACCAGUCGAUGCAGGCCAUUACGGCCAAGCUCGCCAAGCGCCAGGGCAAGUACAACCACAUCACGCCCCGCCACUUCCUGGACUUCAUCAACCACUACGUCCGUCUCUUCACCGAGAAGAAGGAGGAUCUCGAGGAGCAGCAGCGCCAUCUCAACGUCGGUCUUGACAAGCUCCGCGCCACCGUCACACAGGUCGAGGAGCUGCGCCACAGCCUUGCUGCCAAACGCUCGCAACUCCAGUCCAAGAAUGCCGAGGCCAACCUCAAGCUCCGCCAAAUGGUCGCCGAUCAGCAGGAGGCUGAGGCCAAGAAGGCUGCGUCGGUUGAGAUUCGCGCAGCGCUUGAAGAACAGGACGCGUACAUUCAGCAGCGUUCGGAGAUUGUCCGUGAGGACCUUGCUCAGGCCGAGCCCGCCGUGCUUGAUGCCCUCGCCGCCGUCAGCAACAUCAAGAAGCAGCACCUGUCCGAAGUGCGUUCAAUGGCAAACCCUCCCGAGGCCGUCAAGAUGGCCAUGGAGUCGGCGUGCACGGUGCUUGGUCAUCAGGUCGAAAACUGGAAGUCGGUGCAGAGCAUCAUCCGUCGCGACGACUUUAUCUCGAGCAUCCAGAACUUUGACACUCAAAAGAUGACCAAGACCAUUCGCGACCGCAUGAUGCGCGAGUACAUCAGCCGCCCGGCCUUCAACUUUGAGACUGUCAACCGCGCCUCGCGCGCAUGUGGUCCCCUCGUGCAGUGGGUGAUUGCCCAGGUUCGCUUCUCGGAGAUUCUCGACAAGGUUGCGCCUCUUCGCGAGGAGGUUGCUUCGCUCGAGGAGCAGGCCGAGACCACCAAGCAGCAGGCGGCGAUUGUUGAGGAGACUGUUGCUGAGCUCGAAGACUCGAUUGCCGGUUACAAGGAAGAGUACGCUCUCCUUAUUUCCGAGACUCAGUCGAUCAAGAGCGAGAUGGACCGUGUCCAGAGCAAGGUGGACCGCAGCAUGACGCUACUCCAGAGCCUGUCCUCUGAGCAGUCGCGUUGGGACGCUGGCAGCAAGACAUUCGAGACCGAGAUGGGCACCAUUGUCGGCGACGUCCUCAUUUCGGCCGCGUUCCUCGCCUACUCGGGCUUCUUCGACCAGCACUACCGCGACACCAUGCGCAACACCUGGAUGGAGCACCUGUCCGAGGCCAGUAUCCGAUUCAAGACCGACCUCGCUCUGGCCGAGUUCUUGUCCACAGCGGACGAGCGUCUCGCGUGGCAGUCCAACUCGCUGCCUGCCGACAGCCUGUGUGUCGAGAAUGCGGUCAUGCUCAAGCGAUACAACCGCUACCCUCUCAUUGUUGACCCCACGGGCCAGGCGACCGCGUUCCUGCAGAACGAGUACCGCGACCGCAAGAUUACCGUCACCAGCUUCCUGGACGAGGCAUUCCUCAAGAACCUCGAGAGUGCUCUGCGUUUCGGAAACCCGCUGCUCAUCCAGGACGUCGAGAACCUCGACCCCAUUCUCAACUCGGUUCUCAACCGCGAGCUUCGCCGUACCGGUGGUCGUGUGCUCAUCCGCAUUGGUAACCAGGACAUUGACUUUUCGCCGUCGUUCACGAUGUUCCUCUCUACGCGCGACCCGUCUGUUGAGUUCUCGCCGGACAUCUGCUCGCGUGUCACCUUUGUCAACUUUACCAUGACCCGUGGCUCGCUUCAGACACAGGCUCUUGACAAGGUCCUCAAGGUCGAGCGCCCCGAGAUCGACCAGAAGCGUACCGACCUGAUGAAGCUCCAAGGCGAGUUCCGUCUCCGUCUGCGCCACCUCGAGCGUGCGCUCCUGCAGGCUCUCAACGAGUCGACUGGCAGCAUUCUCGACGACGACAAGGUCAUCGAGACCCUUGAAGUGCUCAAGAAGGAGGCCGCCGAGGUCACACGCAAGGUCGAGGACACGGACGUUGUGAUGAAGGAGGUCGAGAACGUCACUGCCGAGUACCUGCCUCUUGCUUCGGCGUGUAGCAGCAUCUACUUUACACUCGAGCAGCUUGCGACUGUCAACCACUUUUACCAGUUCUCGCUCGACUACUUCCUUGACAUCUUUGACUAUGUCCUCCACCACAACCCGAACCUCAAGGGCGUCACCGACCUCGACGCGCGCAAGGACACGCUCCUCAACGACCUCUUCCUCGUCACCUACCGCCGUACGUCUCGUUCGCUCUUGCAUGCCGACUACAUGGUUCUGGCCACGACCCUCGCCAAGCUCCGCAUUUCGCGUGGUGACUUUGGCAGCGCACUCCAGGACGAGAUUGACACUCUACUCGAGGUUCCCUCGGGCCAGGAUGGUGACCAUGCGCACGUUACUCUUGAGCAACGCCGUAUCCUCGACAGCCACCUUGGCCAUGAGACAAGCAAGGCCCUCGAGGCCCACAUCGCGUCCAAUGCUGCCGAGUGGCUGGCCUUCAUGUCGUCCCCCGAGGCCGAGCGCAAUGUACCCUGGGCAUGGGCGGAGGCGGACAAUAUUAUCACCGCUGCCCGCCGUCUCGUCCUCGUCAAGCUGUUCCGCCCCGACCGCAUGGUCCAGGCUCUGGCGCAGUUUGCCGACAAGGCCUUUGACACCGACCUCGCAUCGCAGUCCGAGUACGACUUGGGCGACAUUGUCCAGAACCAGGUCAAGCCCACCAACCCGCUGGCCCUGGCCUCGGCGCCUGGCUAUGAUGCCUCGUACCGCAUCGAGAACCUCUGCCGCACCCUCGGUGUCAAGUGGACUUCGGUGGCCAUGGGUUCCGUCGAAGGCUUCACCCUCGCGGACCAGGCAAUCGCCAAUGCUGCCCGUACUGGCUCUUGGGUGCUACUCAAGAACGUUCACCUUGCCCCCGGAUGGCUCGCCCAGCUCGAGAAGCGUCUCCACAGCUUAUCGCCCGCCAUGGGCUUCCGCCUCUUCCUCACGAUGGAGACCAACCCGGUCAUCCCGGUCAACAUUCUUCGCCAGUCGCGCAUUAUCAUGAACGAGCCUCCCCCCGGUAUCCGUGCCAACCUGCUCGACACGCUGCGUGGUCUGCCCACGGCCCGCCUCUCCACUGGCCCUGCCGAAAAGGCUCGUCUGCUCUUCCUCCUCGCAUGGCUCCACGCCGUCGUCCAGGAGCGUCUGCGCUACCUGCCCCUCGGCUGGUCCAAGAGCUACGAGUUUAACGACUCGGACUUUGACGCCGCUUUCAAGACGAUCGACUCUUGGAUCAACUCGCUCGCCAAGGGCAAGGCGAACGUUGACCCGGGACAAAUUCCUUGGGUUGCCCUGCGUACCCUCAUCAAGCAGGCCGUGUAUGGUGGUCGCGUCGACUCGGACUAUGACCAGCGUGUCCUCGAUGCGUUUGUCGACGCCAUCUUCACGCCUCGCGCUUAUGACCCGGACUUUGCUCUCGUCAACCUUCCCGAGAACCCCCUCAUCGUCCCCGACGGCACGCAGAUGUCCCAGUUCAUUGCCUGGGCCCACGCCCUCCCCGAGAACGAGCCGCCUUCGUGGCUCAGCCUGCCUGGUACCGCCGAGCGCGUCAUUGCCGCUGCCCAGGGUAACGCGACGGUCGUCAAGCUUCGCAAGAUGCGCACGACUGACGAUGACGAGGACGACAUCAAUCCGACUGUCGCUGCCAACGAAGGCCGCCCGGCCUGGAUGACCACCCUCAAGGCCAACGCCGAGGAGUGGCUGGAGGCGCUGCCCAAGACCCUUUCGACGCCGCCCACAGUGUUGGACCCCCUGUCGCGUUUCUUUGGCCGCGAGGCAUGGACUGGCCGUCUCCUGCUCCAACGUGUGCGCAAGGACCUCUCGGACCUGGUCCAUGUGUGCGACGGCAGCAUGAAGCAGACCAACGAGCUUCGUGCGCUGCUCACGGACCUGAACCGUGGCAACGUGCCGCCACACUGGGCCAAGUUCAAGAUGCCGCGUGGUACCUCUGUCAACCAGUACAUUGCCGACCUCGUUGCUCGUCUUGCUCAACUGGAACGAAUUGCAACCCAGGGUGCUACCGGCGGCAACGGCAUUUGGCUCGGUGGCCUGUUCCAGCCCGAGGCAUACAUUACCGCCACUCGCCAAGCCGCGGCGCACGCCCAAGGGUGGUCGCUCGAACAGCUGGCCCUUAGUCUCAAGAUUGAAGAACCUACCGCUGUCGCGGACGGAUUCGUUAUUGAAGGGCUCAAGCUUCACGGUGCCUCUUGGGGCGAGGGCAAGAUUGUUCUCAACGACGGCCAGGUCGUCGCACUUGGUCCAUCGCAGCUCGUGUGGACUCGUCGGGACAUGGGUGAAACGCUGUCCGCUGCCGCGGAGGCCGGUACGGUCAACCUGCCCGUGUACCUGAACGGUGACCGGUCAGAGGUGCUGUUCAGUGCCGACCUGGUGGCCGACGUGGCGGGAUCGGUUGUGGCCGAACGCGGCGCCUGUGUGACGGCAGUGUAG